AUGCUGAACGUCCGCGCUACUUGGAGCACUAGAAUACGAAUUCCAAAUGAUGUGCGAUUCAAGUCAUCGUUCGCCACAGCUUUGGCGACCGCUGCAAGGCUGGUGACGCCUCGAAGCUUGCUUAACAACCCGGUGUCAUUGGUGUCGCAAGAAAUGAACACACUGGCUAAAAACAUUGUGGCCUUGAUGGGGUCGGGCCAUCCAACUUUGAACAGAGUAACAGGCUAUUAUUUCGAGGCUGAAGGUAAAAAGGUCAGACCGAUGCUGGUGCUUUUGAUAUCUAGAGCAUUGGCGGAAAUUCCAUUGGAGGAGCGCAAUCGUAUAAAAGUGGACUAUGCAGACGUUCCAGAGGAUCCUGUUUACUCUAAACCACCACAAUCGCUCCUUUUCGAGCAUCCCGCAAAGAGCUUAUCCCCUCUUCACAUCUUGCAUGGUAUCAAGCCACUCAAUCCUUUGACAAAAGGUCCUGAGCCUUUACCUAAAGAAUUUGACAGAGAGCGAGGAAUUCUUCCGAAGCAAAGGAGACUGGCCGAAAUUGUCGAAAUGAUCCAUACAGCAUCCCUGCUGCAUGACGACGUAAUCGACUAUUCGGACACAAGAAGGGGCCGGGCUAGCGGCAAUGUGGCUUUCACGAAUAAAAUGGCUGUUUUGGCUGGUGAUUUCUUGCUCGGUAGAGCUACUGUUUCCAUAUCGCGUUUAAGGAAUCCUGAAGUGGUCGAGCUUGUAUCCAAUAGUAUUGCUAAUCUUGUCGAAGGUGAAUUCAUGCAGUUAAAGAAUACAGCGAUUGACAGUGAUCUUACAACGAUCGCUAAUGGAAGCCAGAAGAUUCCUCCACCUUCCACAAAAUUGACCAGCAAUGUUCACGAAUAUCGUGUUCCUGUUGAUUCUAACCAGCAGCUAUCUCAGGCCAUGGUCACUACAGCAUUCGAGUAUUAUCUUCACAAGACUUAUCUCAAAACUGCGGCCUUGAUCUCGAAAUCAUCCAGAGCUGCUGCAAUACUAUCUGGUGCCAAGGACCCUAUCAUUGAGGAAUGCUACAACUUUGGGAAAAAUUUGGGAAUUUGCUUCCAACUUAUUGAUGACAUGCUGGAUUUCACUGUUUCCGCCAAAGAAUUGGGAAAGCCUGCUGGUGCGGAUCUACAACUCGGAAUAGCUACAGCCCCGGUCCUUUAUGCCUGGAAGGAGGACAGUUCUUUGGGUCCUCUCAUUCAGCGCAACUUCUCACAACCGGGUGAUGUGGAAAGAACAGCUGAGGCGGUCGCUACACAUGACGGCGUGGGGAAGACGCGGGAAUUGGCCCACGAAUAUAGAGACCGCGCACUUGCGAAUCUUCGUAAUGCUUUGCCUGAGUCAGACGCUCGCUCGGCGCUUGAAUUUCUGACCAACAGCAUCGUCACCAGAAGGAAAUGA